AUGAGCGAGAAGGACGGCCACGAGCACUACCGUUACGACACGUACGCACCGCUGGUCAAGUCCGCGACCAUGAAGGGCGUCAAGGCAGCACACUGCACCAGCGAGACGAGUACCGUGCUCAAGGGUGGCACGCAGACCACCAUGACCAAGCACGGCACGACGGUACACGGCAGCGGCAAGGACGCACCGGACGGGCGGUCCCGCUGCUGCUCGUGCUGUGGCGGUGGCCGCGGAAGUUCCACCUUUUGGGCCGCACUCUUGACGAACAUCGGUGUCUGCACGCUACUGCUGGCGUACACACUGUUGGGUUCGUUCAUAUUCCUCGCGAUUGAGGGUGGCGCCUCGCAGAUGCAGCAGCGCACGCUGGCCGCAACCAACCGCCACCAGAAGCAGCAGACGCUGCAGAACCACCACCACGGGCGACACGAUAUGGCCAACCUCACCUUUCCCCAGCUGAUCCUGCUCGAGGCGGUCGAAGCCCGCCAGAAGACGGUGGAGAACAUCUGGGACAUUACGGUGUCGCUAAACAUUCUCUAUCGCGAAAACUGGACAAGAUUGGCAUCCCUGGAGAUUGCCCGGUUUCAGGAGCAGUUCGUCAAUAGGCUGCUGGAGGAGAUGACCCAGAUUAACAACAUGCAGCACGCGGCCACCGGGUCGGGCGGUGGCGCACACGAUCAGGCCCACGGGCCGGACAAUAAUUGGACCUUUGCCAGGGCGUUCCUCUACUCACUGACCAUUUUGACGACGAUCGGCUAUGGAAGUGUUGCCCCCCGGACCGUGCUCGGUAGGAUGAUAACGCUGGCGUACGCAGUGCUUGGCAUUCCUCUGACGUUGGUGUACCUCUCCAGUACUGGCGGGAUGCUGGCAAAGGUCGCCCGAGGCGUAUUUUCCAGGGUCCUUUGCUGCUGCCUGUGCUCGAACUGUGGAUACUGCUGCUACGACGAGAAGCGCAUGGAGGAAAAGGAGAAGCGCAUGAAACGCAAACGCCAGCAGAUGGAAAUGCACCAGCAGCAGCAGCAGCAUCUGGGCCUCUCCGGUCAGGAACCGUACUACGUGCGCUCGGGUUCGCUGCAGAACAGCGUUAGCUCGCCGGAGAAACAGCUGACCAUGCUGGCGGCGGCCGCCACCACACCCGACCUCGACUCAACCACCGGCAGCAGCGACAGUGAGUCGCGUGCCUCCAUGCACGGGCUCAGCAUCCUCGCACCGAUCCUGCUCUGCGUGGCGAUGAUGUCGAUCUACAUCGUGGUCGGUGCCCUGACGCUGUUCCGGCUCGAGUCGCUACCGCUGUCCGACGGCGUGUACUUCUGCUUCAUGGCCCUGUCGACGAUCGGGUUCGGGACGCUGGCACCCGGUACGAGGCGCGAGUCGGCCGCCACCACGUGGUUUUGCUCCGGCUACAUCAUGGCCGGCAUGGCGCUGACGGCGAUGUGCUUCAACGUGCUGCACGACGAGAUAAUCCACCGGCUGCGGCACAUGGUCGAGAUGCAAAAGGAGAUCAAGAACCACAACGAGCAGCGGCGGUUCCUCGCCUCAUGACGGUACGAGAAGAACACCAACCUGUACCAACGGAAUCCCACCGAGGAAACGCUCAUUACCGGUACUCCGACGUCGGUAAUAUUUACCCAGGAGCCAGACCUCGGCCAACUUCAUAUGCCGCACGAGUGCCACUCGGUACAUCAUCCGGUCGCCCACGAGCUGAUCCCGAUCGUUACGAUGGCCCCGAACGG